AUGGUCACCUCCACCCUCACCUCCUCUUCUUCCUCAACACCUCCUAUGGAACUCAAUAUAGCCACAACACUACCCAUCAAACUUUCCUCCAACAACUAUCCCACAUGGUAUAAGCAAAUCACUUUGGUACUUGAUGCUAAUAAUCUUCUUGUUUAUGUUAAUGGCACCUUUGAAUGCCCUUUUGCUAUAAUUGACAUCGGUGCAACUGUUAUUGAAAAUCCUGCCUUUCUCCAAUGGAAACGUAAGGACAAAUAUAUUUUUCUUGCUCUUUUGGGAUCCUAUGGCUCUGAUGCUCAGAUUGUCACAUCUUCUACCGCCUCUUCUUCUGAUGCAAUGUUGAGACUGACCAAGACUUAUGCCAAUCAUUCUCGUGAUUUCAAUGUCUACAAUUACCUUUGUUCUAUCAAGUUCAUUAUUGGUGAGCUUGCACUUAUUGGACAUCAUGUUAAUGAUCUUGACCUUAUGAUUGCUGCUCUCAAUGAUUUUGGUCUUGGCUUUCGUGAAUUCAGUGCCUUUAUUCGUACCUGUGGAUCUCCUUUCCUGUUUGAUGAGCUAUACCAUAAAUUGGUUGAUUAUGAAAUUUUUAUUCAAAGGGAUGAGCGUCAUCAACAUGUUUUCCUUGUCACUUAA